AUGUCUGACAAAGAAGCUGCUGAUUUCCAAAACACAGAAAUCGAAAACGAAAACACUCAUUCUGAAGAUAUUCAAAUCCAUCAGCCAUCUUUCUCUGAAGAAAGAACAAGAACUUCUCAAGAUAUUCAUACACAUGCCGAUGGUCAAACCUGUGGGAAAGUUUACUGCACAGGUGACAAUAACGAAUACAUCCAUAUUGGUAGACAAAAAUUCUUAAGAACCGAGUUGAUUGAUGCCUUCGGUGGUACUUUGCAACCAGGUUUGGCCCCUGAAUCUACCCACAAGUUUGGUAAUCCAGCUCCUCUAGGUCUAUCAGCUUUCGCGUUGACUACUUUUGUGUUAUCCAUGUACAAUGCUGGUGCUCAAGGUAUUAAAAUUCCUAAUGUUGUUGUUGGUUUGGCUAUGUUCUACGGUGGUCUUAUUCAAUUGUUAGCUGGUAUGUGGGAAAUUGCAUUGGAAAACACUUUUGGUGGUACCGCUUUGGCUUCCUACGGUGGUUUCUGGUUAAGUUUCGGUGCUAUUUAUAUCCCAUGGUUCGGUAUCUUAGAUGCUUACAAAGCUAAAGAAUCAGACUUGGGUAAUGCAUUGGGUUUCUAUCUAUUAGGUUGGACUUUAUUCACGCUAGGUUUACUAUUCUGUACCAUGAAAUCUACCAUUAUGUUCUUUGCCUUGUUCUUCUUCUUGUUCAUUACAUUCUUAUUGUUGACCAUUGGCGAAUUCACUGGGAGAUCGGGUGUCAAGACUACUGCAGGUGUUUUUGGUGUCAUCACAGCCUUCAUUGCAUGGUACAAUGCAUACGCCGGUGUUUCCAACAGACAAAAUUCCUACAUCGUGGCUCAUCCAUUCCCAUUACCUUCCAACGAAAAGGUUUUGGUUUAG